AUGUCAGAGCAUUCAGUGGCUCUGUGGGAUAAUUUACCAACGAUAUCCGAAAAGGACAGCCUGGUGCGUCGUGUUACACAGGUGUCACAAGUGAAAAGGACCAAUCAUGUUCUCAAACCAGCACAUAAGCACAUGCAAACGAUUGAGGGAAAGCGCGCCAUGUUGAUCAUUGAUUCUGCCAUAACGAGGUGCCUUCUGGUGUCGGCCUUUCCAAAAAUCAUAGAAAAUUUGGAUGUGUACGGUUUGCUGCUGGGCACGGAAACCGUGGAACUCUUUAAAAAGUAUGCACCACUAGUCCAUGAGUAUCAGGCGCUGACCGAAGCUGAAGGCGUUGUUCCAUUGACGACACAAGCUCUGCAAGUAUCCCUUGACCUGAACAGUCCAAAACCUAGAACUUCGGAUGUUUCUACCGAAAGAAUUCAAGAGGUAAGUAGAUGGUAA